AUGACGGGGGUCUCGCCCGGAGCCGUUUCACGGCCCUCCUCGCCGCUGCUCGGGCUGGGGCUGGUGGUCCUGGGGCUGGUGCUUGGGGGCCACCGGGGGGCCCAAGCCUUACUGUGUCUGUGCUCUGGUUGCACCCAAGCAAACUCCACAUGUGAAACAGAUGGUGCCUGCAUGGUCUCAAUAUCAAACUUGAAUGGAAUCAAGCAUCAUGUCCGAACGUGUAUCCCUGAAUCAGAUCUUGUUCCUGCUGGAAAACCUUUCUUCUGCCUGAGCUCAGACCACCUGCGCAAUACACAUUGCUGCUACUCUGACUACUGCAACAAAAUUGACCUUAUGGUGCCCAGUGGACACUGGAAAGAUGAAGAAGCACCUUCUAGCUGGGGGCCUGUGGAGCUGGUGGCUGUGAUUGCAGGCCCAGUCUUCCUUGUGUUCAUCGUUAUGAUCAUAGUAGUUUUCGUCUUUCACCACCACCAGCGAGACUACCACAAUCGUCAACGGUUGGAUAUGGAGGAUCCCUCUUGUGAGAUGUGCCUGUCCAAGGACAAAACCUUGCAAGAUUUAGUCUACGAUCUGUCUACCUCAGGCUCGGGCUCAGGUUUGCCACUCUUUGUCCAGCGCACUGUGGCUCGAACAAUUGUCCUACAGGAAAUCAUUGGCAAAGGUCGUUUUGGGGAAGUAUGGCGUGGUAGGUGGCGUGGUGGUGAUGUAGCUGUGAAAAUCUUCUCUUCGCGGGAAGAGCGAUCCUGGUUCAGGGAAGCUGAGAUCUACCAGACCGUCAUGUUACGCCAUGAGAAUAUUCUAGGUUUUAUUGCUGCAGACAAUAAAGAUAAUGGCACUUGGACUCAGCUGUGGUUGGUCUCUGAUUACCAUGAACAUGGAUCUCUGUUUGAUUACCUUAAUCGAUAUGCUGUAACUAUUGAGGGGAUGAUUAAAUUGGCUUUGUCUGCUGCCAGUGGACUGGCACAUCUGCACAUGGAAAUUAUGGGGACUCAAGGGAAACCUGGGAUUGCGCACCGGGACUUGAAAUCCAAGAAUAUCCUAGUGAAGAAGAAUGGAACUUGUGCUAUUGCAGACCUGGGUUUGGCUGUCCGUCAUGACUCUGUUACUGACACAAUUGACAUCGCACCCAAUCAGAGGGUUGGAACAAAGCGGUACAUGGCCCCUGAGGUUCUUGAUGAAACAAUUAACAUGAAACAUUUUGAUUCAUUUAAAUGUGCCGAUAUUUAUGCCCUGGGCUUGGUCUACUGGGAAAUUGCUCGCAGAUGCAACUCAGGAGGUAUUCAUGAAGAAUAUCAGCUCCCUUAUUAUGAUCUUGUGCCCUCUGACCCCUCUAUUGAAGAAAUGCGAAAGGUUGUGUGUGAUCAGAAGCUGCGACCAAACAUUCCUAACUGGUGGCAAAGUUAUGAGGCCUUGCGAGUAAUGGGGAAAAUGAUGCGAGAGUGCUGGUAUGCUAACGGGGCAGCACGGUUAACAGCCUUGCGCAUCAAGAAAACUCUCUCUCAGCUCAGUAUCCAGGAAGAUGUGAAAAUUUAAUUCGCGAACCCCAUCCCGAGGAAACUGCACAAAAGCUGCCAUGCAAGAAUUGAAAUGUGGUGGUGAAGGCUACCUCAUAUUUCUACAUUGCCUGCUGCUAUCAACAUAACAUGUGGACAACUUUGGCCUGCGGGUGAUUAGGUGAGGAGGCAG